AUGUGUCCCCCGGUCAGCGCGCGGCACGCGGGGGAGGGCAUGUCCUGCCUGCACGCGUCCUGGCUGUACCAGCUGCAGCACGGCAGCCACCUGAGGCUGUGCUUCGCUUGCUUCAAGACCGCCUUUCUGGACCUGAGGGACUCGCUGGAGUCGGACAUCUGGGAGGAUGAAGACUGGGACUUUGACCUGAUGGACCUCGCCGAGGCGGAACCUCCGCAGGGGGCGUCCCCGGGGUCGAACUGGGGGCAGGGCCAGGGGCAGCCUGCGCAGGGGCCGUCUGCGGCGUGGGGGUCGGGCAGCCUGGCGUCGGCCCCUGAGGAGUCAGAAGAGGUGGAGCUGGACUACCACUUUGUGCCCACCGAGCUGGAGCCUCAGGAUGCGACCCCCCUGGGCCUGGGUCCUGAGGAUGCUGACUGGACCCAGGGCCUUCCCUGGAGAUUCGGGGGCCUCCCUACCUGCUUGCACUGGCCAUCGCCCCCUCUUCUGUGGCAGAGAUUUCUCAGCCUGGACCUGCACCCCGGGGAGCCCAUGGUGUUGGAGCUGGGCACCACCCGGGCCGUGGACCCCGCUGAGGCCAAGGCCUGGUUAGGGGACCUGCAAGUGGUGUCCAUGGUGGGCUGCCACGAUGCCGUCUACUUCCGGAAGAUGACGCCGGCGUGGGCCAUGCAGGCCUCGGAGGGGUGCUGGGAGCUGCUGCUGGAGCCGGGCGAGGUGUGGGCGGUGAGGCUCCAAGAUGCAGCCCCCGGGCAGGACUUGCACAGGUGGAAGCUGAGCAUUCUGGAAUCCUGUUCUCCAGGGCAGAGUGAAGAGCUGGUCCCUGCAGACGCAGCCCUGCUUAAGAGGGGGUUCACGAUCCUCUCUUACUCACCCUGGACCAAAAGGGAGGUCCGGGAGGGGGAGCCAGCAUCUGGGUCUCUGUCCUCCACCCAAGGAAGGGAUCCCAGCACCGCUGAGACCCGGAGCAGUGGGUCCAGAGGGCCUGGGGAGAGCCUCGGGCCUGGGGGAGCUGCCCUAUUUCCAGCGUCUCAGCCCAGGGCCCCAGGACUGAGGGACUGAGGCCCAAGCGUUCACAUUGUUCUGGCGGCCCCCAGACGCCUGAGACUGGGAAGGACUGGCAGCUGCCCCUUCAUGAUGGCCAGGGGAGCAUUUUGGCAAAGGAUGGGGACUUGUGGGUGUGGAGGAAGAAUGGGGAGUGUCCUGGGGACUGAGAAGUGGGACCUGUGGCGGCCUCAGGGGAGGCACCCAAAUGCCUGUAACUGGGAGAGAAGUGCUUCUGUGUCAGAUGUCACAGAGUUAGGAAUGUGACGCUCUCCAGGAGGUGCCUCGUGAGUGGUUGCUGUGCAGCGUGUGAAGUGGCAACAGGACACGGACCUGUGCAGCGGCCUGCCCUGUCCGUGGGGAGGGACGUCUCAAGUGUGACACUGAGUCCCUGGAUCACCCCAGAGUCUGGCGGCCACGGGGAAAUGUGCUUGCCUUUGCCUGGAUGGUCUCUGCGGCUCCCCAGGACCCUGUCAGUGGGGACCGUGGUCUGCGGUGGGGUUCUAUGCAGUUUGUUCAGUUCGUGUUUCUUUGUAUGUUACUUAGUUAAAUGAAGCUAUAAGAAUUUUGCAUUAAGCCCCUGUGCUAGUCAUCCCUCAGCUCGUCCUAGUUGAUUGGCCUUGUCAUCUCAGUGUGCAGGUUUAGCCACCUGACAGAUUUCAAUUCCUUGUGAGCAGGGGAAAGAAGGUGGGAGUAGCACAGGACAGUGACUGUUC